GUGGUUUCUUUGAUUGUUCAAGUUCAUACUUUUGUUUUGCUUGAUUCACAAAUCCUUUGAUAAUUUCUGUAGCUACCGUGGAACCUGUCAGUUUGCUCACGACACUAUGAAGCUUGUUUGUAAAUUCAAAAUCCACCUCCAAGUCUACUCGCACUCUUCCUUUAGAAGCCUCCACAAUUUCCCAGUUUGUUUUUAGAUGUUGAAACAACUGGUGAUGAGAAGCAUCUGCUAGGACGGUUCUCGCAACUGGAUCACAAACCACUCGACUAUCAAAAGUCUCACAAAAAUUCCCAAAACCAAUUGUUAAAUCCGCUUUAUUUGGCAGUCCUGUUGUAAGAUCUCUGCUCGUAACUUUUGACUUCUGACAGAACGGUACAAACCGCUCAUACUCAUCAAUAUCACUAAUCAGCCGAAACAAGAACGAAGGUUUGUACGGCAUCAGCUUGGAUGCUCGAAAGCACUCAAAACAUUGCAACGUACCUCGAAACGCCAUGCAGACUUGGAUGUGGUUUGUGGUAUUUGCUUUUCGAUGGUGGAAUGCGUUGUGGGUAAAGACGUUUUUUCAACCCGAUGAGUUUUACCAGUCUCUGGAGGUCGCUCAUCAUUUAGUGUUUGGAUAUGGAUUUUUAACUUGGGAAUGGAGAAAGUACAUUCGUUCUGGUCUGCAUCCCCUUGUUUUUGCGCUCUUGUACCGCUUUUUAAAAUUACUAGGAUGGGAUUCCAAUUACACAAUUAUGGUAGGUGCUCCUCGAAUCCUACAAGGAACCUUUGCUGCUAUUCUGGAUUAUGCUACUUAUCAGUUUGCCCUAAAUCGCUAUGGGAGAAGAGCUGCACAAUGGACCCUUGCUUGUUCCUUAUUCUCAUUCUUUAAUGCGUAUGUCGGUGUUCGAACUUUUGCCAAUUCUUUAGAAACACCGCUGACAGCUCUUGCUCUUUGGGAAUGGCAGAAAUAUUUGAAGUAUUCAUCUCAAAUUCGAACCAAUGCCAUCGAUAAUCCAAAUCUACGAUUUCGAUCUUUUUUACGGUUUUUAACUUUUAUUGGAAUUGCUUUUCUCAUUCGACCCACCAAUUUACUUGUUUGGGUAGUUCCUGUUUUGCUGUGGACGAAAUCACCAAGAGAAUCUUUUCUUAGCCCUAGCAAAAUAUUUUCAAGAGUGCGUCUCUUAUUUUUCGAAGUGUUGUAUCAUCUUCCAGCUACCCUUACGGUCAUAGGCAUGAUUCUUGUUUUAAAUGUCUUAGUAGACCGAUAUGUUUACGGCCAUUUCGUAUUUCCUAUUUUUUCUUUCUUUAACUUUAAUGUCACAUCAGGACUCUCUUCCCUGUAUGGGGUAAAUUCCUCGCAUUAUUAUCUUUCACAAGCUAUACCACUAAUUUGUGGAGGGUAUCUUAUUUUCCUCUUACUGUCGUUGGACUUGCAAGCUGUUCUUGCCGUUGGAUUUGUUUUACUUCCCUACUCCUUUAUUUCCCAUAAAGAAUUUCGUUUUGUGUACCCUUUAUCUCCUAUACUUCUCUCCGCUAUUGGGAAUGCAUUGGCUUCCGUGUCUUCCAAAUGGAUACGCCGUGGUUUUCUUUUCAUCAGCGCUGUACAUAUUGGUGUUGCAAUUGUUCUUUGCCGUUUUCAUCAAUUAGGAGCUGCAGACGUGAUGCCGUUGAUUCACUCUCUUGCUUCCCAGAAUAAAACUGGCAUUAUCCUUGCACCUUGCCAUACCACACCUUGGCAAUCCCAUAUUCACGUUCCAAACGCAGAUCAUACUUGGCGGUUCCUUACUUGCGAACCUUUUGAGCGCCCUCUGGAUGAGACAGAUCGAUUUUAUUCGGACAUGCCUGCUUAUCUAGAUCAACUAGAUACAUUUCCAGACUACUUGAUUUUUUUCCAAGAACGUUUACCAUUACUCGAGAACUAUUUUAACACUAGAGGACUGUUAUACACAGAAUUCGCAACAUACUUUAACUCUUGGAUUCCAGAAAGUGAAGAGCGACGAGGUGAUUUACUUGUUUACAAAAAGCAAAGCCAAUCUUUGAACGAAGAAUGAUAACGAAUUUCGCAUAUGAAUAUAUUUUUUUAUUUUCCUUCUAAUGUAAUGUUUAUGACAUCAAUUCAUUCCUCAAUUCUAUAUGGAUCACCGCUCAUAUAGAGAUAGAUUCUUUUCUUUCUUUUCAUCUUUUUUUACAAUCUGAUGUUUAUACCGACUACUCCAUGUUUUCCAGAAAGCAACGAAGAAAUUGCGAUUCCAAUUCUCAACUAUUAAAUGAAGAGCCUUAAUUUCAUUAACAAAGUAACCUUCAUGAACAUCCAAGUAUGCUUGUUGUUUUCCUUUCUUUUACACAAUGAUUAUUCCCCU